AGCGCUGAGGGUGAUUACUACUGCCUGAAUCAGUCUUGUUUUCAUGGAAUUAACUUUUGUUGGAACAUCAUCUCGCUUCAACACGGUGAGUGGCUAGUCCGUCACGCUGAGCCUGCGUUGCCAUGGACGCCUGUGCCCGUAUCCGAAGAGUUCCUCUCAGGACCAGAGCCUCCAGGAAAGAGGCGGUGCGUGACGGCGGGACUCCGUGUAUGAAGAGCCUUCUGAGCAGCAGAAAGGAGCUGUGCAGCGUGCGAUUGGAGCUGCAGACCAGAGACACUCCAUGCCUGACUGAGAUCCAUUUUGUGUGUUUGCCUGGUCACUCUGAAGGGGAGGAUCGAACUCUACAGGCCCUUUCUUCUCUCCCGGGGGACCUGGCGGAGCUGCUGAGGUCUCUCCACGUCACCAGCCUGAGAAACGAAGAGGUGCUGCUACUGAAGGACAGCAGGAGAUCAGCCGACAGGAGGGACUCUUCUACUCAGCAGCAGUGCUGGCUGAAGGCGGUGUGUGUUCUGAGACCCAGCCCCAGCCAGGCCAUUGUUGGUGUGUUGGUGGGCCUUCUGGGGCGUUACGCUGCGGGGGUCCGCUAUGCCCUGGAGCUCCAGGCCCUCCACAUGGGCACGGCUGAGUCCUGCCAGCCCGAGGACGAUAACACCAACCAGUCUGUGUCGUCCAUCGAAGACGACUUUGUCACCGCUCUGGAACACCAGGAGGAGGAAGACGACAACUCCAAUGGCUCUUAUCUCCAUGGAAACCAGCGUGAUGUGGCCUCCCAGACUGUCCCCGCCCACAAGAGAAACAAGGAUCUAUCAGGUUCCAGGAUCAUAAUCAGCUCUGCCCCAAGGAAGUCCUUAACCAAUCGCAGGUCUCCCCCAGAGGUGUCCAUUACCGUACAGCACUCCAGAGGAGCAGAGUCCCAGUGGACCCUCUACAGCCCAAGAGCCCAGCUCCCCUCCCCCACGCGACCUGUCAGCGAAUCAGAGGAAUCGGAUGGCUCAAGCCCUAGUCCAAUCAUCUUUCUAGAUGAGGUUGGCUACCAGAAGAGUCUCAAAGCGACACUGGACAUCCCUCAGAUCCCUGGGGGACCAACAGACAGGGUGGAGGACUCUGACUCUGAGGUCAGCGAGUUCUUCGACAGCUUUGACCAGUUUGAUGAUCUAGACGAACUGAGCUCAGAGAGCUGUACACUCACUCUGCCUCUAGACCCGACAUCUUCCAUUUCUCCCACCGGCCUAGACCAGAAGAAGAAGUACUCUGAGGCUGGUACUGGCAAGUCGGGGUCCAAGAAAGUGUCCCGAAGCUGUUCCACUAUGAACCCCCACCGGUUCGACCAGCGCACCCUACCGGCCAAUGUGAAGAAACCCACCCCUCUCAGAAGCCCCCUUCCCCCUGGCUCUCCCUUCGGAUCCCCUGACUCCCCCCGGCCGGCCCGGACCUCCUGUGAGGAGAGUGGAGGUCUUCUCUUCAGCCCUGUCAGCUCCUCAGCCUUCAGCCCUUUGGGAGACGGAGGAGCUCUGGAUUUCUUCUGGAAGACCGAGGGAGAGGUAGGAGACAUGUCAGAGCUACGGAAACCCCAGGACCUUUGUACCCUCUACAAAACCUACUCAGACUUUGCCAGCAGUUUGUCCAAGGAGAUCCUGGGCUCUGUGUGUGGAUACCAGUCUCCCGUGGACCUCAACGACAACAAGAACCUGAGCUGUGUCUGUCACAAGGAGUUCCAGAACCAGUCUGGACACGUCAUGAAGCUGUCUGAGAUCCAGGAGACGGUGACUGUCUCCAAGCUGCAGCAGAAGCCCCAGUCUCUGAAGGACGGCAUCCAGAGGUUCGCUACAGACUUGGUAGAGAUGAGUCUGGGCAGCGCCCUGAGAGACCUGCAGAAGGGAGUGUCCUCUUGCACUACCACCCUCUGCCACCUGGCUGCCAGACUCACCUCGUCUGUCUUCCAGAUGGCCUUCCAGGAGAUCGGCAUGCGCCACGCCUACGUCCUGAAGGAACGGGCCGUCAACGGACUGGCUGGGUUCCUGGUGGGAGAGGCGGUGUCAGGGGCUCUGAAAGACUUCCUGAUGGUGAAGAAGCAGAUGUUCAACAGCACGGUGACGCAGUUUGCCGCUGACCUGGCAGAGGAGCUGGUGUUUGAGGGGAUGAUGGAAGUGUGUCAGUUCUCCCAUCCCUCCACCCCCCUCACCCCCCUCACCCCCAGCGAUUGGUAUUUCGGGGUGGGGGAGGACGACGAUGAGGAAGUGGUGUCUUCCUAUGCCUCGGACCUCUCAGAGUCUGUCCUCCAGGAGGCCUUCAUAGAACUGUCCCAGGCUGAUGUUGCCUUCAGUACCCAGGCAGCCAUCAGUGUCUCUGUGAACAACAUCUGCUACGUCAGCGCUGUCGACACACACACCACCUGCAGUACUGCCGCAGGCCACCAGGCUUUCCACGUUAACCCAGCCGAGGAAGGCCCAGGUCCAUCAGGCGACGGUGGCUGUACGGUGAAGAAGGCGCUGUUCUGUGUGUCUGGAAUGGCCAGCUGUGUACCGGUCCCCCAGGCAGGCCAGGCCAUCUCCCACCUCCACGACUCAGAGGAGAUCUGCCAGUGUAAGACCAGCCCCAAGAGGAGCUGCAGCUCAGAGAACAGAGUGGUAACCACAACCUCCUCUGAUGCUACUGCUGCCACACAAACUGACCUGCUGUCAAAGACCCGCUUUCAUAACUUCUCUGGCAACAUGGUGGAUAUGAUAGUGAGUGAAGCAUGUGAACUGAUGACUGCCACGAAGAUGAAGAAGAAGGUGGAGGACUGUGCUGACUUCCUUUCUAAGACCAUAGUGGGUCGGGGACCUCCAUCCGGACAGGAGGGUAGUGUCACUGACCAGACCUCCCUCUACUCUCUCCACCCUCCCUUUCAGACCCCAGGAGGAGUGAACUCUGAGUCAGGCUCCAAGACUGGCAGAGCAGUCGCUGAGACCCUGCCUGUGAUGAACACUCUAGAGGUACCAGGGUUGGAGAUUGGAGGCUGGGGAGGCAGGAAGAUGACCACCUGCGAGGAGAUGGUUCCCAGUCCUGGUCACAAGUCCAACAGGACCCCUGGUACACCCCCCUCGACCCCCCAGCAGCCCAGUGAGGUGUCCCAGGAAAAACAGAUCAAGCAGUUCUCCAAGAAGCUGAAAGAGAAGCUGGCCAAGGAGUUCUCCACUGCCACCCCUCCUCCCACCCCACACUACCAGCCAGGGCCCGAGCCCAAAGAAUCCACCUCUGAGACAGACAAGGCUGACUUCAUGCUCAAACUGAUGAGGUCUCUGUCUGAGGAGGCAGAUGGGAACGAGGAGGAGGAGGAGGAGGAGGAAGAAGAGGGUGGAGUUGAAGGGGUUAACUCUGUAACUGAGACAGGAAGCCGCAUGCAGCCAGAGCUCAACUUCUUGGAUGGAGGACACAAGAUGGCCGACAAGGGAGCCCUCCAUUACGCAGAGCGCCUGGCGUGCCACAUCGUCUCCAUGGCGACAGAGAUAGACACCCUGGGAGGAGUGGAGGAUGGAGGUAGGACGGUGGAGGCCAGGGAGGAGAGGAGAGACGGCAUGGCCCAGUUCUCAGCGCAGACCCUGAACACGCUGUGGAUAUACGCUGGCGAGGUGGCGGGAGAGGUGAUCAGCGACGUGAAGAGGAUAAUGUGGUCAGGACAGUGUCGCCACAGUGCGCUCACACAAGGCAGCCAGGAGCAGUCGGGGGAAUGCCCUCACCACCACCAACCCCAGCCCAGUGUACACAGCAGGGACUGCAGGGUGGGUCGUCUGGCUGAACUGUGGUCCAGUGACCUCCUCUCGUCUGUCCUCCACCCAUCCACCUCUACCCCCAGCUCUGGUCUAUCCUCUGACUACCCCAGCUGUGAGAGUGUGACAGAUGAGUACGCUGGCUACCUCAUCAGGGUGCUAAAGAAAGAGGGAGGCAGCAGGGAGCUGGUCCUGGAUCAGUAUGCCAGCCGCCUGGCCUAUCGCUCCAUCAAACUCGGCCUGGCCCAUGCUGCCCGCAACAUGAAGAAGAGACCCUCCAGGCACCACUCCUCCAGGAGGCUCCAGCAGAAUGGCUGCAGGGGACCCAAUGCGGAGCCAUUCGUACCCAGGGACGAAGCAGGGAGAAUGGGAUCUCCUUCCAGAGACGUUGAUGAUGGGAGCCAGAGGGAGUACAUGGAGCUGGUGAACUUCGCAGAGUCGUUGGCGUGCAACAUCACCUGUGACGUCACACGCAAGCUCUGUGUGCCGUCGGUCCGACUACCCAAGUCCCUGACUGACUCGUGUCUGUAUAAGAAGUCCAAGCUGGAGGACAUGGCAGAGCACCUGAUCAGGAACUCCUUCUCAUGCCCCCUGCUGUACAAGGAGGGGAAUAGCAGGCAGUACCACAGCACAGGCAGCCUGUACGACGGUGGCUACAGCAGUGGAGUCAUGGAGGUCCUGGAACACUAUGCCAGGAACAUAGUGGACGACACGUUGGAGAUGGGCCUGGCCUCGGCAGGAAACCCAGCCCUGCAGGGUCCAUACAGACACCUCCACUCUGAGAGGCGAGCAGUGGGCUCUGCACUAGGGGAAACAACCUGCCGAUACUGCCAGGUCAGGGAGUGUCUGUUCUGCUCACGGCCCAACAGGCAGCACCUCCUCGGGGGAGGAGCAGGCCAGAGGAGGAGGCUGGAAGGGGAUGUGGGGGUGUGCGGCCUGGAGAUCCCUGAGAUCCACAUCAAUCUGGACCGCAGGGCCGUGUUCGCAGAGGAGAUGGUCACUACGGCGAUGGAGGGGGCCAAGCGCGAGCUGAGCAACACCAGCCUGAACGCCGACAGCGGGAUCGGACACGACGGGUGCAGCUUCGCCGAGAGCCUGACCGCCGAGAUCAUGACAUCAGCACUAUCCAACACACGCCAGACCACCAACCUCAGUUUCCCAGGCAGGGAGGCCACAGAGUCCUCUGUGUCCCAGCAGCUCAGUCUGAGUGUGGGAGAUGACAGCCUGGGCAGCUGGUCCCGCCUCAGCUUCGAGGACGAACACCCUGACGAGACCAGCAGCUUCCUGCACCUCAGCGACAGCAAUGGGAACAGCAGUAGUUGGAGCAGCCUGGGGUUAGAGGGAGAGGUGUAUGAAGACCGCCUGUCCUUCUCUCCCUCUGACAGCGAAGGCACUGAGGACAAGGAGCUCGAGACCAAGGAUGAAUCAUGCGGUUCAGUGCGUGUGGGCCAGGCUCAGGCUUACAGGCACCUCCUGGUGGUAAAUUCUGAGCUCAGGGAGAUGACUCCUGACCCACAGCACAUGACCUUUGACCCCCAGCUCAGGAGCAUGCUGCAGUGGGCGGCGGCCUCCAUGGCUGACUUGCCCAUGGUUCAGCUGAGUCCUAGUGGCAGCAGGGAGCUGCAGCAGCUGCCUGCGGUGGUCCAGAGGCUGAAGGAGAGGGAGUGGAAGGUGGGAGAGCUGCUCCAAGCCCUGCUGCAUUACUGUGAGGAGACCCAAACACACACCCCACCCCAGUCUGAACCCAGAGAGGCGGGGAGAGCAUCUCACCACACUCCCCUCUUCCAGUGGCUCCUGGAGCACGCUUAGGCUCACUGCACCUCUCCUACCUCCCCUCCCUCCUUACCUCUCCCCAACACUACUUACUGUACAGUAUAUCUGUGAAGCCUGCUACAUAGUCAGCACUACCUGUUAAACUAAACCCUAUGAAGAUUCCCAUCACUUCUCAGUGAUGUGCAGCGUACCUGCCAAACCCAGAGCCCCCAAUCUAGCCUCCUCGUACCGUGGAUCGUGUCCCUUGUAGGGCUGUACCCCCAUCGUUACCCGGAGGGCGCUAUUAAAAACAGCAAUUCUUAUUAUUGUGUGCGUGUGUGGGCAUAUUGCCUAACGUAACUGAAAGCAAUUGUGUAUUUUCUUCUCUCUUCUCUGGUUUUGUUGUGAUUGUUUUUAAAGGGAUUCUUCUGGAUUUUCUAUUCCCUCCGUCAGAUGAACACCCGGAUAGCGUUGGCGCAAUGACUGGGAGUCUAUGGUAUCUACUAGCAUGCCAGCAGUUACCCAUAGACAUCCACUCAUUGCACUAACACUAGUUAGCAUCUUUCAAACUGCACGCAGAGGCAUAUCUGGUAUCCAUUGGUUUAUUUGACUCUUCAUUGCCAAAAUCCCAAAGUAUCCCUUUAAUAUUGGUCUGUAUAUCACAGGUUGAUUAGUGUGUUGUCGUUGACGACUGGCUUUGUUAAAGCGUUCCUACCCUGGUGCUACAGAGAGUAACUUUAACCUCUGUUACAGACGGUAACCUUCUGUUACAGGGGAGGGCGAGAGAGUAACUGUAACCUUCUGUUACAGGGGAGGGUGAGAGAGUAACAUUAACCUCUGUUACAGGGGAGGGUGAGAGAGUAACUGUAACCUUCUGUUACAGGGGAGGGUGAGAGAGUAACAUUAACCUCUGUUACAGGGGAGGGCGAGAGAGUAACUGUAACCUUCUGUUACAGGGGAGGGUGAGAGAGUAACAUUAACCUCUGUUACAGGGGAGGGCGAGAGAGUAACUGUAACCUUCUGUUACAGGGGAGGGUGAGAGAGUAACUGUAACCUUCUGUUACAGGGGAGGGUGAGAGAGUAACUGUAACCUUCUGUUACAGGGGAGGGUGAGAGAGUAACUGUAACCUUCUGUUACAGGGGAGGGUGAGAGAGUAACUUUAACCUCUGUUACAGGGGAGGGUGAGAGAGUAACUGUAACCUUCUGUUACAGGGGAGGGUGAGAGAGUAACUGUAACCUUCUGUUACAGGGGAGGGUGAGAGAGUAACUGUAACCUUCUGUUACAGGGGAGGGUGAGAGAGUAACUGUAACCUUCUGUUACAGGGGAGGGUGAGAGAGUAACUUUAACCUCUGUUACAGGGGAGGGUGAGAGAGUAACUUUAACCUCUGUUACAGGGGAGGGUGAGAGAGUAACUUUAACCUCUGUUACAGGGGAGGGUGAGAGAGUAACUUUAACCUCUGUUACAGGGGAGGGUGAGAGUAACUUUAACCUCUGUUACAGGGGAGGGUGAGAGAGUAACUUUAACCUCUGUUACAGGGGAGGGUGAGAGAGUAACUUUAACCUCUGUUACAGGGGAGGGUGAGAGAGUAACUUUAACCUCUGUUACAGGGGAGGGUGAGAGAGUAACUUUAACCUCUGUUACAGGGGAGGGCGAGAGAGUAACUUUAACCUCUGUUACAGACGGUAACCUUCUGUUACAGGGGAGGGCGAGAGAGUAACUGUAACCUUCUGUUACAGGGGAGGGUGAGAGAGUAACUUUAACCUCUGUUACAGGGGAGGGUGAGAGAGUAACUUUAACCUCUGUUACAGGGGAGGGUGAGAGAGUAACUUUAACCUCUGUUACAGGGGAGGGUGAGAGAGUAACUUUAACCUCUGUUACAGGGGAGGGUGAGAGAGUAACCUUAACCUCUGUUACAGGGGAGGGCGAGAGAGUAACCUUAACCUCUGUUACAGGGGAGGGCGAGAGAGUAACCUUAACCUUCUGUUACAGGGGAGGGCGAGAGAGUAACUUUAACCUCUGUUACAGGGGAGGGCGAGAGAGUAACUUUAACCUCUGUUACAGGGGAGGGCGAGAGAGUAACUUUAACCUCUGUUACAGGGGAGGGUGAGAGAGUAACUUUAACCUCUGUUACAGGGGAGGGUGAGAGAGUAACUUUAACCUCUGUUACAGGGGAGGGUGAGAGUAACUUUAACCUCUGUUACAGGGGAGGGUGAGAGUAACUUUAACCUCUGUUACAGGGGAGGGUGAGAGAGUAACCUUAACCUCUGUUACAGGGGAGGGUGAGAGAGUAACUUUAACCUCUGUUACAGGGGAGGGUGAGAGAGUAACCUUAACCUCUGUUACAGGGGAGGGUGAGAGAGUAACGUUAACCUCUGUUACAGGGGAGGGUGAGAGUAACUUUAACCUCUGUUACAGGGGAGGGUGAGAGAGUAACUUUAACCUCUGUUACAGGGGAGGGCGAGAGAGUAACUUUAACCUCUGUUACAGGGGAGGGUGAGAGAGUAACUUUAACCUCUGUUACAGGGGAGGGUGAGAGAGUAACCUUAACCUCUGUUACAGGGGAGGGUGAGAGAGUAACCUUAACCUCUGUUACAGGGGAGGGUGAGAGAGUAACUUUAACCUCUGUUACAGGGGAGGGCGAGAGAGUAACUUUAACCUCUGUUACAGGGGAGGGCGAGAGAGUAACUUUAACCUCUGUUACAGGGGAGGGCGAGAGAGUAACUUUAACCUCUGUUACAGGGGAGGGCGAGAGUAACUUUAACCUCUGUUACAGACAGUAACCUUCUGUUACAGGGGAGGGUGAGAGAGUAACCUUAACCUUCUGUUACAGGGGAGGGUGAGAGUAACUUUAACCUCUGUUACAGGGGAGGGUGAGAGAGUAACUUUAACCUCUGUUACAGGGGAGGGUGAGAGAGUAACUUUAACCUCUGUUACAGGGGAGGGUGAGAGAGUAACUUUAACCUCUGUUACAGGGGAGGGCGAGAGAGUAACUUUAACCUCUGUUACAGAGGAGGGUGAGAGUAACUUUAACCUCUGUUACAGGGGAGGGUGAGAGAGUAACUUUAACCUCUGUUACAGGGGAGGGUGAGAGAGUAACUUUAACCUCUGUUACAGGGGAGGGUGAGAGAGUAACUUUAACCUCUGUUACAGGGGAGGGUGAGAGAGUAACUUUAACCUCUGUUACAGGGGAGGGUGAGAGAGUAACUUUAACCUCUGUUACAGGGGAGGGUGAGAGAGUAACUUUAACCUCUGUUACAGGGGAGGGUGAGAGAGUAACUUUAACCUCUGUUACAGGGGAGGGUGAGAGAGUAACUUUAACCUCUGUUACAGGGGAGGGCGAGAGAGUAACCUUAACCUUCUGUUACAGGGGAGGGCGAGAGAGUAACCUUAACCUCUGUUACAGGGGAGGGUGAGAGAGUAACUUUAACCUCUGUUACAGGGGAGGGUGAGAGAGUAACUUUAACCUCUGUUACAGGGGAGGGUGAGAGAGUAACUUUAACCUCUGUUACAGGGGAGGGUGAGAGUAACUUUAACCUCUGUUACAGGGGAGGGUGAGAGUAACUUUAACCUCUGUUACAGGGGAGGGUGAGAGAGUAACCUUAACCUCUGUUACAGGGGAGGGUGAGAGAGUAACUUUAACCUCUGUUACAGGGGAGGGUGAGAGAGUAACCUUAACCUCUGUUACAGGGGAGGGUGAGAGAGUAACGUUAACCUCUGUUACAGGGGAGGGUGAGAGUAACUUUAACCUCUGUUACAGGGGAGGGUGAGAGAGUAACUUUAACCUCUGUUACAGGGGAGGGCGAGAGAGUAACUUUAACCUCUGUUACAGGGGAGGGUGAGAGAGUAACUUUAACCUCUGUUACAGGGGAGGGUGAGAGAGUAACCUUAACCUCUGUUACAGGGGAGGGUGAGAGAGUAACCUUAACCUCUGUUACAGGGGAGGGUGAGAGAGUAACUUUAACCUCUGUUACAGGGGAGGGCGAGAGAGUAACUUUAACCUCUGUUACAGGGGAGGGCGAGAGAGUAACUUUAACCUCUGUUACAGGGGAGGGCGAGAGAGUAACUUUAACCUCUGUUACAGGGGAGGGCGAGAGUAACUUUAACCUCUGUUACAGACAGUAACCUUCUGUUACAGGGGAGGGUGAGAGAGUAACCUUAACCUUCUGUUACAGGGGAGGGUGAGAGUAACUUUAACCUCUGUUACAGGGGAGGGUGAGAGAGUAACUUUAACCUCUGUUACAGGGGAGGGUGAGAGAGUAACUUUAACCUCUGUUACAGGGGAGGGUGAGAGAGUAACUUUAACCUCUGUUACAGGGGAGGGCGAGAGAGUAACUUUAACCUCUGUUACAGAGGAGGGUGAGAGUAACUUUAACCUCUGUUACAGGGGAGGGUGAGAGAGUAACUUUAACCUCUGUUACAGGGGAGGGUGAGAGAGUAACUUUAACCUCUGUUACAGGGGAGGGUGAGAGAGUAACUUUAACCUCUGU